AUGGUAAUUGUUGACACUUUGUCUAGUAAGGAAGCGCCCAAUGAAGAGGAUCAAAAGGAUGAGGAUACUAAGGAAGCUAAACAACCUAAGGAAGGGCAUAUUAUUAGCUCUCAAGAAGAAAAGGUUGACUCUUCCCCUCUCAUGAUCAGUUUCGAUAUGCAAGAAGCCAAGAAAUGUGCAAUAUUGGGUAUGAACCUCUUAGAUUCAGACCAAGCUUCUAAAAUAGUCAAUAGUUCUUCACAUGAUUCCAAAUCACCUAAUUGGGGUAAUGAAGAAGAAAUUUCUAGAAUUCUCAGUAACCCUGAAGUGGUUCUUGAGAAAGAAGCUGACUGGAAAAUUCCAAAACACAGGAAUAAAAAAGGAUCCAUUCCCUCGGCUGCCCAACUAAGGAAGUCUAGUAGAAUUGCUCAAGUUGAUGUUGAGUAUGUAUCCUCAUCCCUAGGACAACCUUCAAGCCACAAAUUCAGAGAAAAGGAGGCUAGCAAGAACAUAGUAGAUGGGACUCAGAAAACUCUGAAGGAGUUAGGAAUUGCCAACCAAAUUGCCCGCCCUCAGCCUUCUAUCUCUGAGUCUAAGGAGGAAGGGUCAGAUUCUAUUUUUUCAAUGGGUGAGGAGUCUGAAAGUGAUUCGAUGAGUGAGUCAGAGGAGAGUCUGGAUGACUCUGAAGUUGAAGCUUGUAAGAAAAGAAAACAAAAGAGGCGGGAAGAUAAUGUUAUGGAGUUGGAGGAACAAGUGCAGAGAAAGGAUCCUGAAGUCGACCAGAAAUUGGAGGAGGAGACCACAAGGGAAGGUUUUGAUCAGGGGGUUGAUGGAAAAGUUGAUAAGAUCACUAGUGGCGACGCCCCCAAAAAUGAACAGGACAAUCUUGGUGAGAAAACUCCCCCUUCAAAUCCUCCCUUUGAGGGAUUGAAAGGUUUUUUGGACACUAGCGAUUGGUUAAUUAAGAGUUACAAGAAAGUUGUGGAGGAUAAUAAGAAGUUGAGCCACAGGGUCCAAAUUCUGGAGACAAACAGUAUUGGUGGAGGCAAAUCUAUGAUGGAAAAUGUUGAGGAUUUGACUAAAACUGUUGUCAGAGCCGAAGAGAUCAGAGAUUCCUUCAAACCUAGGUUCGAGCAAAUUGAGAAGGACUUGACAGAGAUAAAAACUAAUGAUAAUGUUAUGGACCAAAUAAUGGUGGAUACUGAUAACAAAUUCAACAAAAUUGAAAAAUGCCUCAAAAGUAUUAUUCAACAAAGCUUUAGCAUUCUGAAGGCCUCGGCCGACAAUGCCAAAAUCCUCAUCAGCAAACUAGAGGAUGAGAAGGAUUCCCUGGAGCUGAAAUCAGACAUUGAAGUGGCAUGCAUAUCUAAUUCAACAAAGUUAUUUCUAUCUUUUAAUGAGGAGGAGGAGGAGGAGAAGCCACAAAGGCAAGGGGGUCCUAGACAGAGAGGGGAGGAUAAGGGAGAGGAGGCAGGAGAUGUAGGUGGAGGGGGUGGAGGAGGAGAUGGAGGUGGAGGGGGUGCGAAGAUAGGUGUGGUGUUAUUUGUUAUGGGAGGGAUGGAGGAUGAUAGGCAACCUACCCAGAGGAUGAUAUCCAACGUUCUACCUCCACCAGCACCUUGGAUAGGGAUAGGCACAGCUAGGACAUGA